AUGGUCCGUACCCAAAGAUGGAAAAAGGGGGAGGUCCUCCGUGGUCUCUUCAUUGUAUGGGUGGCGGCACUCCUAAUGCGGCACAUGCUUCAGCGCAUGGAUGAUGAAAAAGAAGAUCAAGAGCUGCAGAAGAAUAUAGAAUCUUACAUCAGAAGGUCCUUGGAGCUUCCGGUGGCUGCGUAUCCUUCGUGGGUGCAUGGAGUAUGGGUUCGCAUUCCAGCCGAUGUUGUUGCUGCAGGGAGAACUGUGGAUGUGGUGCAGAAAUUCCUGCAACAGGGCAUUCCUGUAGGCGUUGUUUUUGUUGAACAUGGAGCAACACUCUUCACACAAAAUAUGUCCAAUACUCGUAGAUUCAAGCACCUGGUGGAACAGCUUCACGCGAUGAACCUUCGCGUGGUGACUUCAGUGGAUUCCUUUGUCCGUCGAGGGACGACGGAAUAUGAGAGCUGCAAAGCACAUUCCAUGUUGCUUUUGACCUACACCAACGACAGUGUGCAGUGGAAGCACGCUGUCGAUGAUGUGACCACUCGCACAGAAGACGGAGGCUUGCUGGAUCUCACCAAUGUGGAGGCGGUGCGGUGGUACCGCCGUCGCCUCGAGCAGGUGCUGCAGACAGGCGUCAACGGCGUGUGGAACGAAGCAAUGGAUGGGGUGCUUUCAUCUGCAUUCGGACGCGGUGUUCACGGGCGUGGUGGGUUCGUGGAUUCUGCGCUCUACGCGAAUGAUUACUACUACCAGACCUUUGAUUAUGGGAGAGAACGAAAUGGUUUUGACUUCAUCACUUCUUUUCUUCCCGUGGACUCCCUUUCACGGGAAACGGUGCUACGUCCUUUUGGUCCAACCGACAUUUCGUUCGCCACACUGGUACGAAACCAUCCGUUUUCUUUUUCCGGACUGGAGGAUGCGGUGACUUCAAUUGAGAAAUCAGUGGGGAAGGGAUACAUCAAUGUGGGGGUAGAGCCUCGUGGUCCACUGAAAGGCGGUGUCGAUGUUGCUCUGAGGUGGGUGCAGCUAGCAGCCAUGUGCCCUCUCACAUGUAUUCCAUACACACUCCUGGAGUAUGUCAAACUACAUUUCCCGUCUGAUUUUGAAAUGUUUUUGUCGGAGGUAGGGAAGUUGACACUGUUGCAUGAAACGCUUCGACCCUACUAUUUUUCUCUGGGAUCAUUGACGUUUUUCCACCAGUUUCGCCAGCGCAAUGCCUCACCAAUGAAGGUGCCGGCUCCUUUUGUGAUGAGUAUGGUAGAUGUACAGACAAAAGGUCCGUGGCGCGGAUUCAGCAUUGGGGCGGAGCUUUUCUUUGUGCCAGUGACAAGAACAGUAAUAGGAAAGGACGGGGAUCUGCGAGCCAGGCAAACAUUUUCUGUAACGUUUCCAGUGGAACUCGGGCCGUGGAUUCCCCAUGCCGCUUCACAGCUUCCAUUCGCCGUCUACGCUGCUGGCAGCGAGGCGCAAUUCACUGUCAACGUUACACAGCUUCUGUUGUUUCAGCGUGGUGGUGCUGUCAUUCCUGUGCGGGAACCCUCCCUUCCGGGUGUGGUGACGUUCCGUGUGCAGUAUCCUCAGUUGAGCCUCUAUCCUGAAAAGUAUAUACCGAAUGAUAUCGUGGAUGGAGACAAUGUCAAUGCAGCUAAAAGAGAAUUAGCCAUCUUUUACAGUGAAAGUGGGAAAAGACAUUUUGUGUGGUUUACUGUGGAGCAGGAUGUCGGAGAACUUUUAUGGCUAAAUGUCAAUGGAACAGUCAGUGGCAUGAAGACCAUAGUCUGUGUGAGUGGAGCCGAUGCCAUCAUUUCUGACGGAAUUGUCGAUGACGGCUACGGGCGCGCCACUUCCACGCAUGAGUUCCAUGAACUUGUUGCAAUGGGCACUUCAGCGGUAUUCAGCGCAUCAGGAGAGGCGUGUUUCUAUACCUCUCUGAUGGCCGUGGAUUCAGUCGCCCGCAUUGGCCCACUGAAAGGCAUCCUCCAAUAA